AAAAGACAACGUUUGGAAAAUUACGAGGGAGAGAAAGAAAGAGACAAAAACAAAUUUUAAAACAGGGCUGGUGUGUACAUUUGUCAAGCACCUUCUGCAAAGCGAGCUGCAAGUUAACAUGGUCGUGUAAUGUUCAGAGCACACGAGUAGUCAGACACCGUAACAACAUUGUGAAAUCAUGGAUUUCAAUGGGAUACCUCACGGUCAUGGCUACCCAACCCCUCCACCAAUGGGCGGUCCCGCCGACGUAAUGGGACAUGGAGGAGACCCAAUGAUGGCCCCAGGGAUGCUGGAGGAACACUUCCAACCAACUCCUCAUGACAACAGUAUGUACCAGCCAGGGCCGUCACACCAUGAUAUUGGCCCCUACUCAGAGCUCCAGAGCAUCCUAGUGGAUGGAGGAGAUAGGUUUGGUGUUUCACACUUGUGCUUUGACACUCAGGACCUUCUGUGGAUGGGAAACCAAGGGGGUCAUGUGACAUCCUACUAUGGUACAGAGCUCCAGAAGUACACUUCGUUUCAAAUCCACAAUUCCGAGGAUAUUCGACAGAUCCUUCCUGUUGAGCGUGGCAUCUUGUCCCUUACCCAGAGCAGUCUUCGUUGCUCACUCAGGCGCGGCCUAUCUGUAUUUACGUAUACUGGUGCCCAUAUGCAUAACAUGCAAUGUAUGCUGAUGACCAAUAACCAUUCUGUACUGAUCGGUGGCCAUCAAACCAAGGCUCUCCAGUUAGAUCUUGAGAUGCUCAAGGAAAUCAGAACGAUUGACAUACCAGAGCCAGGAUGUGCUAUCUUUAGAAGUUCUAAUAAGUUCAUAUGUGCUGGCGACACCGGCGGUAAGGUGACCUUGUAUGACCCCAACACCAUGAAUGCCGAACAUGUACUGGAUGCUCAUACCGGGACAUUGUCUGACUUUGAUGUCCAGGGCAAUCUGCUUGUCACCUGUGGCUUUUCCACUCGACUGAAUAAUAUGACUGCGGACCGCUUCCUGAUGGUAUAUGAUAUGCGAGUGAUGAGGGCAAUGACUCCUAUACAAGUUGUCAUAGAUCCCAUGUUUCUCAAGUUCAUUCCUUCAUUUAGUAACCGAAUAGCCCUCGUGUCACAGGCAGGACAAUUCCAGGUGAUUGAGACGACAGCCAUGACUCCCUCAGCUUUGAUGAUGUAUCCCAUCAACACCCAGGGUUACAUCACUAGCUUUGAUAUCUCUUCUUCUUGCCAGGCCCUUGCCUUCGGCGACACCGGCGGUUAUCUGCACCUAUUUGCGACAGGAGAGCAAGCGACCUUCAACACCUAUCACCAUCCCCCCGAGUUUGCUGACCAUCUGGAGCCUCUGCAGCAUAUUUCUAUCACAGAUGAGAUGACACCGUUGUCUAUCAUCCCAAUGGUCUACCCUACCAAUGGAACUCUGCUGUCAGAAUGGCCCGACCACCUGUGUGAGAGGGCUUACAGAAAGCCAAGGAAAAUUGACCCCGAAAUAUUGCGUUCCAUGAAAAUCCAACACAAUGUUGGUUAUGCUAAAAACCUCGGGAAGGAGUGUCGGAAUCAAACCCCAUACUUGAUGAAGACCGAAAAGAAGAAAGGAAAAUCUGGUGUCCCUGAAUCACCAGUAGGUCGAGGUGACGAUCCCUUCCCUGUGGUUCCCAAACGCUUUAGAAAAGUGGAUCUGAAGUACUCUAAACUUGGUCUUGAGGAUUUUGACUUCAGACUUUACAACAAAACACAUUUUGCUGGACUGGAAACACAUAUUCCUAAUGCAUACUGCAACUGUAUGCUCCAGGUUCUGUACUUCAUAGAGCCACUCCGAUGUACCUUACUGAGUCAUCUGUGUGAGAAAGAGUUCUGUUUGUCCUGUGAGCUAGGUUUCCUGUUCCAAAUGCUGGACAAGCAGAAAGGCCAGGCAUCUCAGGCUAGUAACUUCCUCCGUGCGUUCCGCACCAUUCCGGAGGCUGCAGCUCUGGGAUUGGUUCUGGCAGAGAACGAGGAAAAUGAAGGCCACAUCAACUUGUCUAGACUUAUACAAAGCUGGCAGCGCUUUAUGUUCCCACAAAUUCACUCUGAAAUUCUCCAAAGAGUGCUAAUUGAUGAUCCGAGAGAGGAUGCUACAGAGGCAGCGAAUAAAACGGAGGACGAAAAGUCCUCUGACAAACCCACAGAAACUACGCCACCAAAGUCAAGGAAGAAGAAGAAGAAGAAAGGGAAGAAGAAAGGAAAAGAGCCAACAGAGGAAGAAGAUAAAGAUCGAUCAGGCUCCCAAGGGGAUGAGAAGGAACUACAGGACGCAUCUGUUGAUGAGUUAUAUGACGAGACGUCAGUUCUCUCCAGUCUAAUGCACCUGAAGAUGGUGACCACAUUGAAAUGUCGGUGUGGCCUGGAGACGCAGAAGACUUCCGACAAUGCUCUCAUCAACCUCUGCUACCCUGACUGUUCUCCACCAGGUCCUAACAAGCCGCCAGUGAUGUUCACGUUUGCCCAGGUGUUAAGGCAUAGUAUGAUGAUGGAGCAGACGACACAAGCCUGGUGUAACGAGUGUAGUCGCUACCAACCCCACACUCGGCUCAAGGUUAUACAGAAUCUUCCUGAUAUUUUGGCAUUUAAUUGUGGACUGGAAAAUGUCAGAGAUUUUGAAUUUUGGCUUAUUCAACAAAUGUUGAUCAAGCAACAGAGGGAGGAGUCUGGGGAGAGCCUGUCCAGUACAAACUCCUCCCCCCUCAUGUCUAGCUCCUCCCAGGUCAUGUGUCGCUACGGACGCUCCUGUACCCGAAAAGGAUGUCGCUUCAAACACGAACCUGGCCAUGGAGAUAAGGAUAAGGAACCAGAAGAAGAUAUGAAUUCAAUCUGGAUUCCCAUGGGCCUCAAAGUGACGCUAACGAACGAAGGAAGGGUGGAAUUAGUGGAAAUUCCAGAUGAUGAACCCUUGCCCAAGGAGGAAGACCCCAAUGUCAAGUACUACGAACUUUACGCAACAGUGGCUCACAUAAAGGACUCGCAGUCCGGCGGGAAUCUGGUGACACACAUCAAUGUCGGAGAGACGUACCAUUUCCGCAAGGAAAACGUCACCUGUACUCAGUGGUAUCUCUACAACGACUUCUCUAUCACACCUGUAGAAAAGCAUGAGGCAGUACAAUUCAACCUUGACUGGAAGAUUCCCUGUACAAUUUACUUCAUGAGAAGACAGGUUCAUAAACACUACGACAUACCAGUGAAGAACCCCAUCUCUGCUGACAUACUAUUUGAUGACACCGCUCUAGUCAACCCGCAGCGGAGGAAGAUGUCCUUUACACCUCUAACUGAAGAAGAGCUCCCAAAAGAAAGGGACAUAAUCGCUCUUGAUGCAGAGUUUGUUUCAUUGAAUCAGGAGGAAUCAGAGCUGAGGAGUGAUGGCACCAGGUCCACCAUUAAACCUAGUCAUCUGACGGUGGCCAGAAUUUCCUGUAUCAGAGGGCAAGGUGAAAAAAGUGGAGAACCCUUCAUUGAUGAUUACAUAUCUACACAGGAGCAGGUUGUGGAUUAUUUGACCCAGUAUUCGGGAAUCAAGCCAGGUGAUCUCGACCCCACAGUGUCAUCUAAGCACCUAACAACACUGAAAUCCACCUAUCAGAAGUUGAGAUAUCUGGUAGACGCGGGUUGUCUGUUUGUAGGUCAUGGAUUAAAGAAAGACUUCAGAGUCAUCAAUAUCCGAGUUCCCAAGGACCAAGUGAUAGAUACUGUGGAGUUAUUCCAUCUCCCACGUCAGAGGAUGAUCUCACUCAAGUUUCUGGCUUGGUAUUUCCUCAAGCUCAACAUCCAGUCAGAAACUCAUGACUCUGUUGAGGACUCGCACACCGCUCUCCAGCUGUAUCUGAAGUACCAGGAGAUGUCUAAAGAUGGUAUGGACAAGGUGCGGGCGACCAUCAAGGAGAUGUAUGAGGAGGGACGUCGCAUUCAGUGGAAGAUUCCAGACAUGGAGGAGGAACAAACCGAAGAGCAAGUGGCUCUGUUGUGAGCAGUGUAAUAUACUGGGAAAGUGAAAGUAUUUUGCAAUGCAGUGUUGUAUUAAAGGAAGUUUUGAGUGUGAAGUACUGGUAAAGUGAAAGUAGCAUAUCAAUAUAUAGUUGUGUGAUGUAAAGUCAACAAAGUAACAGGAUCAAUACCAGGAUGUCUGUCAAUGGUAUUGUUUGAUUUCCUGGUAAAGUUGUAGGUGUUACAUGACCUAUAUGAGAACUGUUAUCAGAGAAAAAAAUAACUGAAUGUUGUGAAGUUUUGUUAUUGUAAUUUUUUGGAAAAAGGAAAAGGAAUUCCCUUACAUAAUAAAUACAAACUGUGACUCUUUUUCUAAGCUUUCAGGCAUAGACACUCAGGACAUUAAUGGCCAUAACUUCAAGGUCACGUCCAUCUGAAAAGCAAGCAGGUGAUGCAUUUAUGAUUUUUUUUACUGUGUUUGUAAUUCACAUGUUGAUGUGACUUAACAUUCAUGGCCAUUUAUUCCCUGAUGGAGAACUAAAUGACAGUUGUUAUUUCUCUUGUUACGUUCCCUGUAGGAACAUGGGGUACAGUUGCGUAUCCGGUUGAAAAGGUUGAACCGAUUGAACCUGUAAAGAAAACGACAGGUACAGAUCUGAACCGCGGCUGACCUCAAAAAUAUUCAGCACAUGUAGAUUGAGGGGUCCAGACGUACCUGGCCGAAACUAAAAUGCUGACGAUUGCCAGUUGCGUUAUAUUUCUUUCUAGAACAAUGUCAAGCCACAUGUAGUUUUUAAGUUAUGUUAUGUAAUUCAGUGGACGCGUGAGAGAAGGGCAUAAUGUUCUUGAUACAUUGCUUUUCUUCUACAAAACUGUGCAUUUUUUGCUCUGCUUAUAGAAUGUCCAAGUGCUUUCGCUUAGCGUGGAAUAUUUCUGCGCCACACGUACUGUUUCAACCGGGAUACACGAAUGUAGCCAUGGUCUUUGAUAGACAAUAACUCUUUCACCCCUAUGUAACUCUAAUAGACUCUACCAUGCAUUGAUUUGGAUGAGUCCAUCAUGGUCUACAGUGGUGAAAGGGUUAACCUGUACACUGUUCUCACAAUACACAUAUGUAAGAAGUAUCCCAUGACAGCUACACUUGUAUGUGUAAAUUGUCCAACAUUAGUGAGAUAGGAAUGAGGAUGUUUUAAACAUGGUUUGACUUUAGUUGAUUAAAAUAUGAGUACAUAUAUAAUUCAUCUGUGAAGUUACUGAGUACUUCCAUAUAUUUGUUUGAUAGCGAUAUUGAUAUUUUUUGUUGUUGAAUGAUGUCUGUAUAGCUAUAGCUAAUACAUUAUAUUAACUCAAAUGAUCAAGUAACAGAACUAUUUAAAGGUGAACAAAUAUCUCAAACGAGUUUGAAUUUAAUAUCAUCCCAAUUUGCAAUUGACUUGCUGUUUUAUUUAUAGUUUGAUAGCAGGAUUUAAGAACAGUCCGUGCAUGGUGACAAUUGGUCAUGAUGGUGCAAAAGUAAAUGAGCAUUAAUUUAUGAAUAUAUACAUCAUGGUGUUUAUCUUCUGUUUAGAAUUUUUUAUUGCAAAACUCACCAUUUAUUUGCUAGGUUUUAAUCACCGAAUGGAUUUAAAAAACCUUAACGUGGAAGUUUUCACCUGAACCGAACAUUAUUUCUUGGCUUCUUUUUCUCAAACUUUUUAAUUUUUCAUUUGAAAUAAUCAUCAUCAUCAUCAUCAGUCUUCUUUUCAGAGGUACAUACUUAUGUCCAGAGGUACAUACUUAUGUCCGACCAGACAUAAAAAACUUUUUUUUUUUGCGUCUUAUGUUGCAAAUCCAAGAAAGGAUGUUUCAGAUUUGUUUAUUUGAUUGAAUAAUUAAAAUGAAAACUGGAUUUGCAAAAAGCAAAAAUUAAACAUUGCAGGAAAAUAUCCUUGCCUUAUAAUGUUGAAUUUGAUUUUUGUAUUAUAGAUUGUAAACAAAUUAUACAACUGAAAAUUCUUUGAAAACACAGAUUUAUUUAGUUUUUUAAAAACGCAUUUAAAAUAGACUGUAUUGAAUCCUUCUCACCUUAAUGUAUGAAAAUUAUGUACAUACUUUGAUGUAUAGAUAUCAUUGUCUUGUCAAAUGCAAUAUUUUCAACUGCGCAUUAACGAUAUCAUGUUACACUGUGAAAACCAAAUUGAUCAUGAAAUAUGUUGUCAGCAAAUUAUCGAAGUGUAUAGUGCUGAAUGAAAGUUGAUAAAUAAAUGUAUACAAAAAAAUAAUACUUAGAUUGUAA